AUGUUCAUGCCGGAGAGAUUCAAAGAGUACCAUCGCACAUUGCGACAAAAGAGAAGUGAAGAGUUGUCGAUGAAACAGGUCGCUGGCUCUUUUGGAGGGUUGUAUGCUGUCAUUCACCUCCUGCAAUACUUCGACAUCUGGACGCUGCUUGCUCUCAUGGUCGGCGCCUACUUCAUUUACAGACAAAUUGCGGACAACUGGAGCAAGGUUUGGCUUGCCUUCAACCAGGACGCUGCAGAACCUGUCAGCAACACGAACCAUUCAGUCAGCAAGGCACCAAAGUCCAAGGGGAAGAAAGCGCAAGGUCGAGCGGAAUGA